AGAAUGGCCAUUUCCUUUCCACCCCUUGUUCCGGAGGUUGCAAGGCCCUGCACUGGUUACAACCAUUGAUCUGUAAAUGGACUAAGGCUAGGUGGGAGGUUCUGGAAAUUCUGCAUUGACCCCCUUAGCUCUGUGCCCUCUGGAGCUUACAGACAGGUUAAAGGAAUGUAACAAUAGAUUUAUACUAACUAGAUGAAGCACUGGUGAUGUGCCAGGCCUUCCAAGCCUUCUUCCCAGAGUAACUCCUUCAAUGCUCUCUGUGACCUCACGUAAUCAAGAUCCUAUGAUGAUGACGGCCAAGGGACAGGUGGAGAAACUGUGCUACCAAGAGCCUUCUGAAGGCAUGGAAGUCAGGGAAGCAAACAGGGACGGUCUUCCUGCUCGCUGUGGGCGUUGGCUCAGAGACCACCUCCAACGCCUCUGUCCGUGUUGUCCAAGGAACCCCGAGCAUGAAGAGGAGUCAACUGUCCGUGGGAAUAAGGUCCACAGGCGGAGGGCUCCCUGGACAGGUGUGAGGAAGAAAUGGAGAAUGAGGAUGGCACGAGAGACCCCUGUGCUGGAGCUACGGCCAGUGUCACCUGCUUCAGCCCCGGCAGAGCCAGAGGAUGUCCCAGCAGUGGCCUCAGCCCUGGGGCCCGGAGCACCUGCUGGAAUGGCACCGGGCCUGGCAGAGCCAGCGCCAGGUCCAGAGCCCACCAGCCCCUGUGCGGCGAGCAUCUGGGACAUCCCAGGAGUGGUCUCGGGCCCCGAGGUGGAGCCCCAUGAGCCUUCAGAACCCAGCAGGCCUUCCCCCAGCCCCGGAAUGGGCCAGGCUAGGCGCCAUGCCUGGGAGCCCGAUAAUGUGCCCAGCGUCCUCCAUGGCAGCCGGCUUUCAUCCAUCCCAGAGGGCCAAGUCCUCCACCACUUGGUCCAGGAGGAGCACCUGGGGCCCACUGUGGCAGAGCUGGAAGAACCACGGCAGACGCAGCUGGCUCCAGAGACACGGGGAGGGCCGGCUUCAUGGCUAGAGCCAGUUCAGGAGCUCCCUGGGACCCCUGUGCUGGAGCUACGGCCGGUGUCACCUGCUUCGACCCCUGCAGAGCCGGAGGAUGUCCCAGCAGUGCCCUCAGCCCCACCGCCGAGCCCUGAGCUUGAGCCCCAUGAGCCCUCGGGCACGGGGCCCAGGGCACCUGCCAGAAUGGCAUCGGGCCUGGCAGAGCCAGAGCCGGCUCCAGAGUCCACCCUCCUGGCAUUCCCCCCCCGCCUGGUGGCCGAGCAGCUGACCCUGCUGUAUGCGGAACUGUUCACCAAGGUGGCAGUGGCCGACCGCAUGACCCGCUGCGGGAGCCAGUCAUGUAACGGAAACGUUGAGCACCUGGCCCCCACCUUCAAUAAGAUCAUAAAACAAUUUGAUGACGCAGCCAACCUGGUCAUCUCCUCCUGCCUCGGGGGCCCAGGCAUGACGGCGCGGGACAGGGCCCGAGUGGUAGAGUUCUGGAUCCAGGUGGCCAAGGAGUGUCUGGACCUCGAGAAUUUUGCGUCCCUCCACGCCAUUCUCUUGGCCCUGCAGAGCCCCGCCAUCAGUCGUCUGCAAUGCACCUGGGGACGUGUUUCCUGGAAGAGCUCCAGGAUGCAUAAGAGCCUUGAGAAAGAGAGGUGGCUUAACCGGAAGAGGCUCCUCAAGGAGGCGACCUCCAUGGUGACGCAACAGCAUCAUUUCCUCCGGGGAUCCGAGGAUAGGCAGGAGGUGAGAGUGGCCUGGCCAGGGUCAUGGCAGUGGGGGAGACCCUGCACUUGCUGCUGGUGCCACCAGCCCUGAACUGCCAGGACUGGGGUGACCAGGAGGGAGAGAGCAGCUGGGUACAGAGAGAAGCUGGAGGACGGGUGCAGGGACCACAGGUCUUGGGAUUGGCCAAAAGCCAGCCCUGGGAGGGACAGGAGGGGAGAGCAGGGCGAAGGGAGGGCGUGGGAGGAAGCACAGGGUGGUCCAAGGGGAGCUAGGGGCUGCGCGUGAGGGGUUCAGGGGAGGCUCUAUGGGCGCCCCUGAGGUAGACGGGGCACCUCCCCACCCCAGUGGCACAGCAUGGUCCCCUUCUUCGGAUUGUUCAUGGCUGGCCUGCUGGUCCUAGACAAACCCCUGGAACAUAAUGAUGUGAGUGAGCCCAGAGGGGCACAGGGUGUGCAGGAUGGUGGGCUUUGAAGAGGAGAGAGACCCUAGUGAGCCGGUGCUCUCAGCACCAGGCCACCCACCUCUUGGGAGUCUCCCCUCCUCCCGGGGGGGCCAGGCUCCUUGGAGAGGGCAGCCAGAAGGACCCCCUGCCCCCCUUAAGCCCCGGUCCUGGCCCCAGGGCAGGCGGGGCUGAGGGCUACAGCUACCGCCUCUGAGCAGGAUGGCCUCUCCCUCAGGCCCUGCCCAGGGGCAGGGAUGUUGCUCCUUCAAGGCAGGAAGCACAGGAGGGGGCUGCCCGUGCCUUCCUGCCUGAGGCCUCAGUCUCCGAGAGAGUCAUCAGAGAGAGUUACAUGGGAAGCUUGGCCUCAGCUCCCCAGUCCAGUCCCUCCUCCUCGGUACCCCAGAUCCUGGCCUAGGUCUGGGUGCUGUUUCUGGCAGGCCUGCUGCCUAGAGGGCCCCAGUGGUCCUCCAACUUGAGAAAGGGUGGGGAGGUUUGGGCCUCGUUCUGGGUGCAGGGGGCUGUUUCUGAUGCACUUUGGCUGCCUUGGUGCCUUCCAGGGUGACAGGAUGAGACAGAGUUGAGCUACUGUAACACCCCGCCACAGAAAGUGGGUGGGGGGGGGUGCAGAGCCCGUGGGCAGGACCCUGUCCGACCCAACCCCUGGGUCUGACAUGUCUUGAGAAAGUUAGCACACCCAGAGCUGAGGACACUCAAGGCUUUGGCGGGUGGGGGAUGGGGGUGGCAUCAAGACGGCCUUCCUGGAGGAGGAGCUAGAGACCCAACAGUGGGAACAGGCAGGACAGGAUAGCAUUGGAGGGAAGGCGGGUUCCCACGUGAGCAAAGAUCAGGGACCAACCCACUGCCCCACUCCUCACGCCCCUCCUUGUCUGCAUCCUGUCCUUCCUCUGCCCCAGGAAGCUUCCAUCAUACGUGAGAUCCUCAUACACAAGUACGCGGCCUUGCUGUAUGACCUGAAGCCCGAGGAGCGCUUCAGGUCGUUUUUCUGGGCCGUGGAGCCCCUGGAUGAGCAGAAGAGGUGAGGCUGGGCAGGAGUCAGCUGUGGGCUCCAGCUGCAGGCGGGCUGCGGGAGAAGGUCCCCCUGACAUGUGGCUCCAGGGGCUCACAGGUGCCCCUCUGUCCUGCAGCUACACCCUGUCCUGCCAGCUGGAGCCCCCAGGCCAGAGGGCCGGCAGAAAGGGACUCUUGUUCUUCAGGUCCUGCAACAUUUAAACUUAGUGGCCAGAGCCAGGUAAGUUUCUGGCCUGGGGCCAUUGGCAAGGGGUGGGCUGCUCCCCAGCCUCAGGGAAGCUUCGGGCCAUGUUGGGUGUGGGGGAGGACUAAAGACAGGUUGGGCUGGGAUUCUGCUCCCGUGCCGAACAGUCCUGUCAGGCUCAAGGGUGAUUCCCCUCUCUCUCUGGGACCCAGUUUCCUCCUCUGAGUAGGUGGUGCUCAUGAGCCUCCCCGUGACAGGGACCCCACGGGUGCUGGUGAUUGGCAGAACCUUCUGCACAAGGCCCGGAGCAAGAGGACACUGAAGACAGGGAGGAAGCAGGGUAAUGGGCGGAACCCAGGAUAACCUCACUCUUCUGUUCACCUGCGUGGCCCUGCAGCUCUUGACAUCAGGCCCGCAGCCUGCACUGUCCUGGCUGCAUGCAGAGGAGAGCAUUCCCUUCGGGAAGGCGGCACCUGGCACCCCAGGACCCUAGUCUGUUUCCUGCUCCUCUUCCUCCCGCUGCUCAUCCUGAGCCUCUGCUGGGGUACGUGCUCUGGCGCCUCCUCCACUGGCCAACUUGGGCAGCUCCCCAGACUGCCGCUGCAUCCUCAAGGACCCUCACAUAGCUGUGGCCAAUGUGGCCACCUUUGUGCUGAGUUAUCCCUUCUGUUCGUGGUCCACUGGGCAAAGGCAAGCUGCCCCACCACGUGGAGGGUGUCUCCAUUCCUGCAUGUGGCCUCCCGUGUUGUCGACGCCACCUGCUGCCUGGGUACCGUCAACCACCGAGUUGUAGCCACAGGGUUCCAGGAAGAGGUGGGUCCAUCCUCACUAGGCCCGGCCUUUCCCGGGAUGGACACGGACACGGUGCAGUGCUGCAUGGAACCACCGCCCCCGGGGUGCCCAGCGGAGGCAUCUGAGGAUGCAGGGGUGGUCGGCUGCCGCAGGUUCUCACGGCAUACUCCCAGGGGAGACCCUGUGCAACUUCCUCCCCUCAUCCCUGAGAAAUACCCUCCCUAGGGAUUAAAGAUGGCGGUGUGAAGAGGUGAGACACAGACCUCCUCCUAAAACCACAUAUAAUACAAAAAUAUAAUUAAUACAACUCAUCCUGAAAGAGUAAUAGGAAAGAUGGCUGCACCAGACUGCAUACAUCUGGAGAAAAAGAGCAGAGUCACGGAACAGGGUAAGGUACCAAAGCUGUGAUGCGGCGGUACCCAAGUCCUUCCCCCACGCCAGCCCAUCAGCGGGAGGAGGAGACACAGACCAGGGAGGGAGUGGAGGCCUGGGACUGAUGAACACCUCGCCCUGGAGAUGUGUUCUGGGAGCACGAACCUACAUUGCACGGUGCUCAGGCGAUUAGUGGGGUUGGAAAGCUAAGACAGGCGGAAUACAUGGAGAGAUGGAGAUUUCAGCUGCUUGUGGAAAACAGGGAUUCACAUCUAGCUGACCUGGGCAGCAGUCUGAAAGACUUCCUAAAAGUGAGAGGGCUGCUAAAGGGGAAAGGACUGCACAGAGCUUACUGCUCAGGAGAAAGGACAGGCAGACAAAACUGUCCAGGUGCACUCUGCCCAGCAGGUUGGGAACUUAACUGAUCUUCAGGCGCUACAUCCCCCUGGCUGGCUACGCUCCAAGGCCCCCCACUGUGACAUGCAGCCUGCUGUGUCUUCCUCCUGGCUAGCCUGCACCUGGCUCGCAAACCGGCUGCCCCUGCCCUGGCGUCAGGCCAGCCAGAGGGAAGACCCGCAUACGGCAACUACAAACACAAAGCAUAGAGGCUAACACCUGUGAGCCUCAUGGGGUCACUGAAUGGAUAAAAAAACAAGACCCAACUAUAAGCUGCCUACAAGAGACUCACUUCAAAUCCAAAGACAUACACAGACUAAAAGUGAAGGGAUGGAAAAAGAUAUUUCAAGCAACUAAAAGAGAGAAAAAAGAGGUGUGGCAGUACUUGUAUCAGACAAAAUAGAUUUUAAAAGAAAGAAAGUCACAAGAGACAAAGAAGGACAUUACAUAAUGAUAAAGGGGUCAAUCCAAAAAGAGGAUAUAACCAUUAUAAAUAUCUAUGCACCCACCACAGGAGCACCUACAUAUGUGAAACAAAUACUAACAGAAUUAAAAGGGGAAAUAGAAUGCAAUGCAUUCAUUCUAGGAGACUUCAACACUCCACUCACUCCAAAGGACAGAUCCACCAGACAGAAAAUAAGUAAGGAGACAGAGGCACUGAACAAUACAUUACAACAGAUGGACCUAACAGACAUCUACAGAACUCUACACCCAAAAGCAGCAGGAUACACAUUGUUCUCAAGUACACAUGGAACAUUUUCAAGAAUAGAUCAUAUACUAGGCCACAAAAAGAUCCUCAGUAAAUUCAAAAAGACUGAAAUUGCACCAACCAGCUUCCCAGACCACAAGGGUAUGAAACUAGAAAUAAAAUACGCAAAGAAAACAAAAGGCCUGUAGACACAUGGAGACUUAAAAACAUGUUUCUAAAUAACCAAUGGAUCAAUGAGCAAAUAAAAACAGAGAUCAAGCAAUAUUUGGAGACAAAUGACAACAAUAAUUCAACACCGCAACAUCUGUGGGAUGCAGUGAACACAGUGAUAACAGGGAAGUAUAUUGCAAUACAGGCCCACUUCAGGAAUGAAGAACAAUCCCAUAUGAACAGUCAAAACUCACAAUUAAUGAAACUAGAAAAACAAGAAAAAAUGAGGCCUAAAGUCAGUAGAAGGAGGGACAUACUAAAGAUUGGAGCAAAAAUAAAUAAAAUCAAGACAAAUAAAACAACAGACAGAAUCAAUGAAAGCAGGAGGUGGUUCUUCGAGAAAAUAAACGAGACAGAUAAACCCCUAGCCAGACAUAUCAAGAAAAAACAAAAGAGUCUACACUCAUAAACAGAAUCAAAAAUGAGAAAGGAAAAAUCACCAUGGACACCACAGAGGAACAAAUAAUUAUUAUAGAAUACUACAAAAAAAUUAUAUGGUAACAAACUGGAUAACUUAGAAGAAAUGGACAACUUUCUAGAAAAAUACAACCUUCCAAGUCUAACCCAGAAAGAAACAGAAGAUCUGAAUAGACAAAUUACCAGCAACAAAAUUGAACUGGUAAUCAAAAAACUACCUAAGAACAAAACACCUGGAACAGAUGGCUUCACCGCUGAUUUUUAUCAAACAUUUAGUGAAGAUCUAAUACCCAUCCUCCUUAAACUUUUCCAAAAAGUAGAAGAGGAAGGAAUACUUUCAAACUCAUUCUAUGAGGCCAGCAUCACUCUAAUACCAAAAACCAGGCAAAGAUACCACACAAAAAAGAAAAUUACAGGCCACCAUCCCUGAUGAACAAAGAUGCAAAAAUACUCAACAAAACAUUAGCAAACCGAAUUCAAAAAUACAUCAAGAGGAUCACACAUCAUGAUCAAGUGGGAUUCAUCUCAGGGAUGCAAGGAUGGUACAACAUUCGAAAACCCAUCAACAGCAUCCACCACAAAAACAAAAAGGACAACAACCACAUGAUCAUCUCCAUAGACGCUGAACAAGCGUUCAACAAAAUUCAACAUCCAUUCAUAAUAAAAACUCUCAAGAAAAUGGGUAUACAGGGCAAGUACCUCAACAUAAUCAAGGCCAUAGAUGACAAACCCACAGCCAACAUCAUACUUAACAGCGAGAAGCUGAAAGCCUUUCCUUUAAGAUCGGGAACAAGAAAAGGAUGCCCACACUCCCCACUUCUAUUCAACAUAGUUCUGGAGUCCUGGCCACUGCUAUCAGACAACACAGAGAAAUAAAAGGCAUCGAGAUUGGUAAAGAAGAAGUUUAAAGUGUCACUGCUUGCAGGUGACAUGAUAUUGUACAUAAAAAAAUAAAGAAUCGAAUCCAAAACUAUUAGAUCUAAUAUCUGAAUUCAGCAAAGUUGCAGGAUACAAAAUUAAUACACAGAAAACUGUUGCACUCCUAUACAGUAUUGAUGAACUAAUACAAAGAGACAUCAGAAAAACAAUUCCAUUCACAACUGCAUCAAAAAGAAUAAAAUAUCUAGGAAUAAACAUAAUGAAGGAAGUGAAAGACCUAUACACUGAAAACUACAAGACACUCCUAAAAGAAAUUAAAGAGGACACUAACAAAUGGAAAUACAUCCCAAGCUCAUGGAUAGGAAGAAUUAAUAUUGUCAAAAUGGCAUCGUGCCUAAAGCAAUCAACAGAUUCAAUGAAAUCCCUAUCAAAAUACCAACAGCAUUCUUCAAGGAACUAAAGAAAAUAAUUCUAAAAUUCACAUGGACCCACAGAAGACCCCAAAUAGCCAAAGUAAUCCUGAGAAGGAAGAAUAAAGCCAGGAGGACUUGGAUCCCAACUUCAAGCUCUACAACAAAGCCACAGUAAUCAAGAUAAUUUAGUACUGGCACAAGAAGAGACCCAUAGACCAAUCGAACAGAUGAGAGAGUUCAGAUAUAAACCCAAGCAUAUAUGCUCAAUUAAUAUACGAUAAAGGAGCCAUGGACAGACAAUGGAGAAAUGACAGCCUCUUCAACAACUGGUGUUGGCAAAACUGGACAGCUACAUGCAAGAGAAUGAAACUGGAUUAUUGUCUAUCCCCAUACACAAAAGUAAACUUGAAAUGGAUCAAAGACCUGAAUGUAAGUCAUGAAACCACGAAACUCUUAAAACAUAACAGGAAAAAAUCUCCUGAAUAUCAACAUGAGCAACUCUUCUCUGAAUGC